UUCUGUUUACUUUCAAUAGUGCCAGUUACUACUUACGUUUUGUUACAUUAUUAAACACAUAUUAUUUUGUUUCUUUACAAAAAUGAAACACAAUUUUAGAUAUACUGCGUUCACUGUAUGCCUGGUAUCAUGCAUUUUAAUAUCGACUAGCGAUGCAGUUCGCUGUUAUCAGUGUUCUUCUCAUCAAGAUCCCAAGGGAGAGGACAACUGUGGCGCAUACGAGAAGUUUCAGAAGGACCGGCACAUAGCUGUGGAUUGUAAUAGUGACGAAACUGUUGCUCCAGGGUCCUUUUGCAUGAAGAUUACGCAACAAGGCCCCCGAGGAUUUAUUUGGGAUGGUCGGUGGAGACAGGUGAUCCGACGAUGCGCUUCAGUGGCUGACACUGGAGUUACAGGUGUCUGCAACUGGGGUGUUUAUGAGAACGGAAUCUAUUGGGAAGAAUGUUACUGUGCGGAGGAUGGUUGUAACGGGUCAACCACAGUUUCUGGCAACAUAGCCAGUAUCGCCACACUGACAGCACUCAGUGCCUUCAUGUACUGUAGGUUUUUUAUAUAGUUCAACAUCGUACCUUUUAAGGCAAGUCUUAAUUUUUUGAAUAGGUAGGCUAUAUUUGAGUCAAACAUGUUAAUGAGUCAGAUUAACUUUUGCCAAAUGUAUCUGCUACCCAAAAAUAAAAUAGGAUCAUUAGUUUUAUUGUGUGUAUAUUUACAAAAGUAGUUCUGUUUUAUUAGUAUGUGUCUUCUUGAUUUAUUUGCUUAUAAAUAGGCAUAGACAAAGUGAAUGAUUGAAACUCUAAGAGAAACUAAUGUAUUUAUAAUUUUACACAAUGCAUUUCAUUUCUUGUUUACACUUCUGAGAAUUUGGAUUUAGAUCUGAAACGGUUAGUGAUCUGUUACCACUCAAAAUAUUGUAGAUAAUAUCUGAAUCAAGCAAAUAUUGCAGUACUGCUGCAGUCUGUUACAUAUUCACAGCAAGCUCCUAGGGCUCUAAAUGUUCAAAUGUGUGAUUUGUAAAACUUGUAUUUAUGUAAUUAUUUUUCCAUAGAGUAUUAUGGGUUAUGCUCUUACACUAUCAUUAAACUGCAUUAUGGGCAUGUUAAUUUUAAUCAUUAGAUCUAUUUAACCUCACAAUGUAUUGGAUUACAUUAUGUUUUAAAAUUGACUCGCUUUUUAGCAGUGUUUAUCUAAAUAUUGUAUUGUUUUGUUAUUUUUGUGAAUUGAUUUUAUAAACAUUUAUUCUCUCAUGACCUCUUGUAAAUACCACUGGCGUAAA